UGUACAGAAGUAUCGCAACAAUGGAACCAGCUUGUGGAGUGUACGAUGCUGCCAGCUAAUAUCCGCAGUUCCGACCCUUCUAUUCUAGAUGCUCUCCGCUCGCUGUACCGUCUCAUUCAUACCCCCCCCUCUUUCAUCGUGGCCCGUAUGGCGUACAUUCGCUUGCUCGACCUCUUCGAUACGAUUGAGGAUAUUGUUAAGGCUGAUAGAAGGAAGGACAAAUUAUAUAGGCGGAACGGCAUAAGCACUACUCGGCACAACGCUAGUAUAGCAAUUGAUCUCUGCAUAUCUGCAUUCCAGAUAAGUAGGUCGGUCGUCUUGGAGACUAAGCGUAUCGCGCGUCGCUGGCGCCGACUCGCAAAACCGUCCGUGUUCUUCCUUAUGGUCUACGUAGAGGGACCGACAGAGGCCGCCGUGUAA